AUGCGUAAGGCUAUCCAACAACAUGUCGUUCGCUUGCCGGUUUCGUUCUUCGACAGCGCCAAGUCGGGAGAGCUUAUUUCCCGCAUCAUGACCGAUCCAGAGGGCAUCCGCAAUCUGGUCGGCACCGGCUUGGUGCAGCUGGUUGGCGGCCUGAUCACCGCCAGUGUUUCAAUGGUGGUGCUGUUUUACCUCAACGCCAGGAUGACCUUCUACAUCCUCGGCAUCCUGCUGGUUUUCGCCGCCGUCACCGGCUACGCCUUCAAGGUGUUGCGGCCAAUCUUUCGCCAGCGCGGUGCGAUGAACGCGGAGGUCAGCGGCCGACUCGCGGAAACCCUCGGCGGAGUGCGGAUCGUCAAGUCCUACACCGCCGAGAAGCGCGAGGAUCUGGUCUUCGCCCGCGGCGCUCACCGGCUCUACCGCCAGGUGGCCAAGACCCUGACCGGUUUCGCUGCCGUCAGCAGCCUGUCGCAGGUACUGCUUGGCGCGGUCAGCCUGGUGAUGAUGGCCGGUGGUGUCCGCGCCAUCCAAAACGGUUCGAUGACCUUCGGCGAUCUGAUGAUGUACAUCGCCUUCACCGCCAUGGUGGUGGCGCCGAUGGUGCAGAUCUCGUCGAUCAGCACCCAGCUGAGCGAGGCCUUCGCCGGCCUCGACCGCAUCCGCGAGCUGCGCCGACAAGCCACCGAGGCCGACAACGACAGCGACAAGCCACGCUUGCCGGCGGUCCGCGGCGACAUCGAGAUGCAGCGGGUGACCUUCGAAUACAAGCCCGAUCUACCGGUAUUGAAAGACAUCUCGUUCAAGGCUCCGGCCGGCACUACGACAGCCCUGGUGGGUUCGAGUGGCUCGGGCAAGAGCACCUUGAUCAGCCUGGUGAUGGCUUUCAACCGGCCCAAGUCCGGCCGCGUGCUGGUCGACGGCACCGACUUGCGGGACCUUCGCCUGGCGGACUACCGGUCGCAUUUCGGCAUCGUCAUGCAAGACAACUUCCUGUUCGACGGCACGGUGGCCGACAACAUCCGCUAUGGCAAUCCGGGUGCCACACGGGAGGCCAUCGAGGAAGCCGGCCGGGUCGCCCACUGCAGUGGAUUUGUCGCCGACUUUCCCGACGGCUACGACACCGUGGUCGGCGAGCGCGGAGUCAAGGUUUCUGGCGGCCAGCGCCAGCGCAUCGCCAUCGCACGGGCGAUCCUGGCCAACCCGACCCUGCUGAUCCUCGACGAAGCCACCUCGAGCCUCGACAGCGAGUCCGAAGCCCAGAUCCAAGAAGGCCUCGCCGCGCUGCGCCAAGGUCGCACGGCAUUCGUCAUCGCCCACCGGCUGUCGACCAUCCGCUCGGCCGACCAGAUCCUGGUGCUAGAGGACGGCGAAAUCGUCGAACGCGGCUCCCACGACGAACUCUUCGAGCUCGGCGGCCGCUACCGCGAGCUGCACGACAAGCAGUACCGGCUGGAGCAGAAUCGCUUCAUCAAUCCGGGCGAAGACUUCUCGCCCGAAUCCGACGACCCGCGCUCCAACCUGCCCAAGUCGAGCGCCAAGUUCUGA